CCCUCUGCCUCCCCAUCCCUCAGAGACUGAGGCCAUGCAGCUGUGCCAAGGUGCCUCCAGCAUGGCGGCGGCCGAAAUGCCCGGCUACCUGGUAUCCCCGCAGACGGAGAAGCACCGGCGCGCCCGCAACUGGACGGACGCCGAGAUGCGCGGCCUCAUGCUCGUCUGGGAGGAGUUCUUCGAGGAGCUGAAGCAGACCAAGCGCAACGCCAAGGUGUACGAGAAGAUGGCCAGCAAGCUGCUGGAGAUGACGGGAGAGCGCCGGCUGGGCGAGGAGAUCAAGAUCAAAAUCACCAACAUGACCUUCCAGUACAGGAAAUUAAAAUGCAUGACAGAUAGCGAGUCCGUCCCGCCCGACUGGCCCUAUUACCUAGCCAUUGAUAGGAUUCUGGCCAAGGUCCCCGAGUCCUGUGAUGGCAAACUGCCGGACGGCCAGCAGCCGGGGCCCUCCACGUCCCAGACCGAGGCGUCCCUGUCGCCGUCUGCUAAGUCCACCCCUCUGUACUUACCGUAUAACCAGUGCUCCUACGAAGGCCGCUUCCAAGACGAUCGCUCCGACAGCUCCUCCAGCUUACUGUCCCUUAAGUUCAGGUCGGAUGAGCGGCCCGUGAAGAAGCGCAAGGUGCAGAGCGGCCACUUGCAGAAGAAGAAGCUGCGGCUGCUGGAGGCCAUGUUGGAGGAGCAGCGGAGGCUGAGCCGCGCCGUGGAGGAGACAUGCCGCGAGGUGCGCCGCGUGCUGGACCAGCAGAACCUGCUGCAGGUGCAGAGCCUCCAGCUGCAGGAGCGCAUGAUGAGCCUGCUGGAGAAGAUGAUCGCUAAGUCCAGCGCAUAGGGCCGGCGACACCGUGCGGGCCAGCUGCUCCAGGCCGGGGCCCGGGGUCGGGAUGGACGGCCUUCCGCCCGCCCUGGGGCUGCUCUGGGGAAGGGAGGCUGCGGCUGCCAGUCUCGCUCCGGCCAGGUACUUCAGAGGAACUCCUGGCGUCUGUCCUCCAACACCAUCACCGUCGGUGGUACUCGCAAUGGCUUUUGAUACUCGCUGUGUGAUUUCUUGUGACUCCCUGGAAGCAGAGCUCAUGUUCUCAGCUCACAGGUUGGUCAGUUCCAAACACAAACACGAACAGGGACAGGCCGGUGACAGCUUCAUGCCUGGAGCGGAAACCCUCCCGUGGGGGAGACGGCGGUCUCAUCUGACCCUGGGCCGAAGCCCAGAAAGCCUGCCGCCCUCUCCUUGGAGUGCUGGGUCCUCCGAAGGCCUCCCCGUGAGGACACUAACAGAGCAAGGCCCGGUGCCCAUGUUUCGGUUCUCUGGGCCCAGGGAGGUGGCAGUGAUGAGACAGAGACCUGGCCUCAUGCACUCACACUCUGGCUGGGGAGGCCGCUGAGCAAGGAGGGCAAAGUCAUGAUAGCAGGCUGUGGUCGGCGCUGCACGAGGAGGGAAGAGCAGGGACGAGAAGGGACAAGCUCACCUCCCCGCCUCUGUUCUGUCACCAGGAGGAAAACCUUUCCAGACUGUUCUCUGCGGGCUUCCUCCUAAGUCUUGUUGGCCACUGGGGCUUUGGUUUCCCAACUGCCAGGGAUGCAGGGCUCCCCUCCUGGGACUGGCAUAUUGCUGCCCACACAGCAGGGUUCUGAGACGACCCGGCCGGUGACGUGGUUUGACUUACGAUCCAGGAAAGCGCCUUCUGGGUGAAGGCAGAUGUCCUGCCAGGAGUCCUUCCCAGCCAUCCUGGUGUGAUAGCAGCCAGCUCAUCUGAAGCUUCUGUGGUUGCCCAGGGGGUGUGAGGCCAGCCCCAGGCCUGACUGCGGUGGGCAAGAGACUAGGCAGCCAUGGAGCCCAGAGCGGCCAGACGCCCCCCAGCUCGGCCACCUUGGGGGCCCCCCUGCACACACGCCAGGGACUCCAACCACACUGCUUUGGGACCAAAGGCAGUGGUGCAGUGAAGGUGUGACCAGUGGUUCUGCUGAAGUGUGAACUUGCCAAUUUCUGCCAAAAUAGCCAGUGUUCCCACCAAGGCCAGUCUUGGCUAGCAGCACAUCUGUGAACCUGUGCUGGGGAGGUGGACACGGGACAAGCCUCAGCAACUGCUGCAACGGAGACCUCAGGGGCGUCGUGUGCUGCUGACCCGAGCUGGGGGCUGGUUUCAGGCUGUGCCUGAGCAUCACCUAGGUGGCAACGGACUGUGGCUCUGCAUGACCGUCCUGGCGCUCCUGGGGCCAUGGCUGUGGUGCACCAGUGUUCCCAUAGCUGCGGAAGGCCGCGGGCACAUGUGUUAUGUAGCAAUUCUGCCUUUGUACUUAGGGGUCAUUUGCACUGUUUUAUUUUCCCAGCUGUCUCGCUGAGCAUGGGGUCCAUGCUCACUCUCUCCACAUCUCGCUGAAUUGGUGCUGCCACGUGCUCCAUUGGGCUGGAGCAGGGCAGGCGCAGUCUGGCGGAGGUCAGUAGUGCAACUGCCCAUGUCGCUCCCUCCAUAAACUGUAUCUGUCGCGAGUCUCUGAUUUCUUCUAUAGUUACAGAAGGAUGUGCAGGGUGAUGUGGCCAUAUUGGUAAACGCUAAGCUAUUUGAUAAGAUCCAGCAAGCCGCCUGUUAAUACCAAAAACUGAAAUCAGGAACCAGACGAACGUGCAUCCUUUCACCUUUAUUAUUAUUUAACAUUGGCAUUUUUAGCUAAUGCAUUAAGAUAAACAAAAAAAGCGGGAUAAAAGAAAUGAAAAUUACCUUUAUUUUCAGAUGAUAUUUUUCUAUUCCCAGAAAGCAGAUACACAAGAGAUCAAGAGCUCUUUAAACCACCCUGAACGUGUGGAUUAUGAGAACAGAAUAUUCCUCUCAUAGUCAUAAUUGAGAACUGCAGGGAAUCUAUGAACAGGUUUAACCAGAACGGUCCAGGAUCGACACAAAGGAAACUGUGGUUUUACUGUAAAAUCUAAAACAAUUCCUGAGCGUAUGUGGAAACCACAUACCCCUAAACGCUCCCAAGUAGUGUCAUCAUUUUAUUAAUGUAAUUCCAACAAUAUUCUCAGUAACAUUGUGGGGUUUUGUUUUAAAAUGGAAGAAAGCUUUUUGUUUUGUUUUUUAAAGUGGGCCCCACACUCAGGGCAGAAUCUGACAUGGGGCUUGAACUCAUGACCCUGAGAUCAUGACCUGAGCUGAGAUCACAAGUCAGGUGCUUUACCGACUGAGCUGCCCCAGCAAGCCCUGAAGAAAGUAUUUGUAAGUUCAGAUGAAAAAGGAAUGGGGCAAAGAGUCUGAGGCCAAAGGAUGGAAGGAGACCAGCCAGACCUCAUGUAGCACCCGGAAGGCCGUGUCUGAACCAGAAAAACAUCAAGAGACAGGAGCCCAGACGCUGCAAGGGGCGGUGGGCCCUGUUGUGAGUGGGCUGGUGCAGGGCCCCUCCAUGCUCUGGGGGGGGACUGAAGAUGUCACCGCUUAUGUUCCUGUGUACCCUCACGCCCAACACUGACGCCCAACAGACGACUGUAUGAGAAAUUAAACCUAAGACUUAAAAAUUGUACUCAUUUCAAAAUAACAAUAAACCCAUUAUAUGUUGACAUCAAUGACAACUGCCUGAAAAGUAUAUUUUCUCAAACAAAAGGUUUUCGCGAGAAGAGGGGCGUUGUGUUACACACCCCCCAAUCUCUGGCUGGAGAUACGGCAGCAGGCUGCCCCCAGCGCUGCCCCGAGCAGCUCCUGAUUCCGUGGACCACAGGAUGUGCAACCGUCCACAGAAGAUCCCACGCCGCACAGAUAGGUAUUUGGAAAAGAAAGGGAUCUUUCGCUGACACGUGCGGGCCACUGUGCACACCCCUCCUGGAGGACUCCCCUGUCGUGCAGGCAGGUCGCCACGUUGAACUCAGUCCGUAUGGUGCCCUGGGGAGCCCCGCCGUGCACUGGGCACGUGGAUCCCACUGCACUGAGUCAGGCCCGUCUCUGUGCCCACGGCAUGCAGACCCCCACAGAAAUGCGCUCUCAUCACUCUCCCAGCUGCUAACCAGCAGAGCCAUUGCCAGGGCAGGUGGUCGGGCUCGGGGCUAUGGGGGCAGCUCUUUUCCUUCUAAUCUCAGCUCGAAAGCGGGAAUUUUGGCUCUGGUUACCAUGACCACAUGAGUUGUUCUCCCGGUGGGGACGCUGUCUGUUUCCAAGAGGUACCCAAGUCCCUUCAGGUGAAAAGUGUGUUCCCGUGAAGAAUGUGUCCUGCUGUCCAACAAGAGCUCCCUGGUGUCCAGCAGGAGUCCCCGCGCUGACCGACCCUGCACUAGCUGCCUUCUCCAGGACUCCGAGCCCAGACACUCACACCACAUCCAGGCCUCGCCCCUGUCCGUCUCGGGUGGGCCCAGUGGGACCCCACACGCCCCCCUCAGGUCAUCUACCUACUUCCUGAAGGUGUAACUAGACCUAAGCAUGGUCCCAUCCCCCGAAUGGCUCCGGAGACGCCUUCCCUUCCAGGAGUGCGGUUUCCUGGCACAUCUCGGCUUGGCUUCCGAAACACAGAUGCGUCAUUGAGAGCAACGGGGGACUCUCCAGCUCUGUCGAUGGGGGACACCAUUUGCAGCCACUGUCCCAUACUGGAGCCGACCCACAGGCCCCGGGAGCAGCAGUCCCCCACGGACCUUGUAGGGCACUAGGUCACCAUCACCGCUGUCUUCCCAGGCGAUAUCACUGCUCCGUGCCACUGCUGGUCUUCAGGGACCCCCCCACCAUGUCCUGUUUAUCCAGAGUGGUGACCCCACCAGUCAGGGUAGGGGAAGAGGAGGGAGCAGGUGCAGGGGCCCCAAGGUGAACCACGCAUGUGAGUUGGAAGAGGAGGGAGGAGAGAAUCCCGGAAAUGCAGAGGUCAUCUCCCCAGGAGCGCUGUGGGACUUUGGCAGCCUCCAGAGCCACGGCCACUCCCUGGGACGAGGGUGAGGGCAUGCUGGCCUCUGUGGGCUGGGCAGCCACACGCACCUCAUUGGACAUCCUGUGGAUGUUCUGACCACAGCUGCGAGUAGGCCGGGGCAGGAGAAGAUGCUGGCUGACCCUUGCCAGGACAGGUGGAGGACACCUGCGUUUGGGAGUGGGCCACGCUGUCUUUGGCAGGUUACCGCUCUCCUUUUGGAAAACAGCCUUUGGUGCCAGGCUUUCUGGCCUCAGGCGACCAGGGAUCGCCUGGUCUCCAGUGAGCCCUUCCUGCGUACCCCAGUGUGCGUGUGUGACACGCUUGGGGAGUGGGCAUGUGCCUCUGUCUCCACACGGAGCCUCUGUGCCUGCCCUGAUUAGGGUCACAGACACCUUCCCCGGGGCCGUCCGUGGGGCCACUCCCCUGCCAAGGGACAGAUCCUUCCGGGCGCUUGGGAGUGGCGCGGUGGACAUCCCUGUGUGAACUGUGCUCGCUAGCAGGCGUUCUUAAAACAGACAAGACAGGUCUAGGGGAACUCAAAGUUGACUAGGAAAGUCCCCACGUUAUGCUCCAUGGCUCCCAGGUGAGGGAGGGGUCCAGUGUCACAGCACCGUCUGUGGACAAGGCUGGCUCUCCACUGCCGAAUGGUUUUGGAAUCUUGUUAAAAAUAAAUUGCCCAGGGACCCCUGGCUGGAUCAGUGGGUGGAGUGAAUGGCUCUUGAUCUCGGGGUUGUGAGUUCAAGCCCCACACUGGGUGGGGAGAUUACUAAAAAAUAAACUU